AACAGACAUCCUUUGUUUUCGCUGCUGGCACUAAUGCUGGAAAAAUGUGAACAAGCGACACAAGGCUACGUACCCUCAAAUGCAUCUUCGUCUAGUCCGAAUGGUUCGUCAAAUGGAAAUAACUGCGAAGGCGACAGCUUCCAGGACAUUCAAGCGUUUGUGCAAUUAUUAGAGAAAGAAAAACGACCGUUGCUCACCAACAAUGCCGAAUUAGAUGGAUUAAUGAUAAAAGCUUUGCAAGUUCUGCGGAUACAUCUGUUGGAGUUGGAGAAGGUUCAAGAACUGUGUAGAGACUUCUGCACGAGGUACAUAGCCUGUUUACGUGGGAAAAUGCAAUCAGAGAACCUUCUGCGGUCCGAUUAUCCUUUAGAGCACAAUAACAAUUUAUCGAACUCGAAUAGUCCUGUUAACAGUCCCGAACAGGAGUCUCUAGUGCAGCAGGGUCCAUAUUUUGGCAAUGCAGAUUUCCUCUCAGCAACAGAGGGAAAUGACUUCAGUAGUAUUCAAGGAGCCUACAACAUACAAAACAGUAAUAGUACGCCGGAAAAUAGUUUCAACGGAAGCAGUGAUAUAUCUGUUAUUCCACCAGUGUUACCGGUUACUAUACCACAGACUACGUCUCCGCAGCAACUGCAACAACCUUCCAUAUUGUCUUCGCAGAUUUUAGGAUCAACUCCAUUAAGCCAAAUUGGAUGUCCACCCCUUCCAUUAGAUCAGUAUUCGAAUCAACUUUCACCGUGUGGCAGUUCCGAUGAAAUGGAUUCGGAACUUGACUCAAACAAUGACGAUCUAAGUUCGAAUUUUUCAAAUAAUUCCGGAUCGAAGAGACAGAAACGCGGCAUUCUUCCAAAACAAGCUACCAGUGUCAUGAGGGCAUGGCUUUUUCAACAUUUAGUUCAUCCCUAUCCAACUGAAGACGAGAAACGUGCAAUAGCGGCUCAAACAAAUUUAACAUUGCUGCAGGUCAACAACUGGUUCAUAAAUGCUAGACGUAGAAUUCUGCAACCAAUGCUCGAACAUGCCAGCGACAAUAAUCAGAACUCAGCUCGCAAAAAAUCGUCACAACAACAGACGCCUUCGAAGCGCUUUUGGACCGACAGCGCUUCGUCACCGAUCAUGAAUCCAGCUCUCAUCGAUCCGAACAUUGAAAAUAUUAGCGUGAAUGUGAAUCGAGCCGAAUCCGAUCGAUUGUCUGCGCAUAAGUUGGCCGAAAGUUAUUUUAGUUCCGACGAAAGCAAUGACAGCCUAGUCAUCGAUCAUGAUUCUUAAAUUCGCCAUGUCGUCGACAUGUAGAAUUGUGCGGUGAGGAGAUUUUCGUUCUAGAAGUGAAAUGGCAAGUGGAGAGUGUA